AUGUCUUUUAACGGACUCAGGUCAAGAUCGAGACCACUAGAAAAUAGGCAGCUGUCAACUUCCCCUCAUGAAGCAAAACUUAUACAAAUGAAAGAAAGAGCUGAAAGCAUCGUUUCUCGCAUUUCUAACACAAACCUUUUCUUACUCCAGCUCCGUCAGCGAACAAAGCCGUUGGAAAAAUCCACACUCUGAACAAAAUUUUUUUUAUUUUUAUGAAAAACAAUUUUGAUAUAUAAGUGAUAAUUAUUAUAUUGAAAUCAGUAGCUAAUUCUAGCUAAUUUUAAACAGCUUGCAUUUUAAAACAUAAAUUUAAAAAAAAAAUUUAACCCCUCUAUAAGCAAACAAAAUUUUUUUUGUUCGCUCACGGAGGGGAGUUAGCAAAUUCUGUAUUGUCCAAAAAUAAGCCAACCUCAAGUAAAUGCACAAGAAAUAGGCCAAGCAGCUCAAAAGAAAACAUUUCAGACAAUUAUUUUGAAAAUCCCAUUAAAACUCACGAAAUUAAUGAAGGCUACAAAUCCGUUGAUAAUUUUUUAAAAAACUUGGGUUUAGAAGAAUAUAUUUCUGUAUUCAAUGACAAUGAAAUUACGAUAGAAAAUUUACCAUUGCUGUCCAAAGAAGAUCUAAUAGACCUUAAUAUACCAAUUGGCCCAAGGAAUCGAAUUUUAAAUGCAUUAAAAAAUGAUACAGACUGUACACAGGCAAAAAUUAACAGUGGAAGACCUCCAACACCUCAAAGGCUUCAGUUAAAAGAUGAAGUCGAUAUUUUUAUUUCACAGAUUACUAACUGAUCUUCUAUGAUAAUAGUAAGCAGAUUUUAUUUUAAUUAAAAUUCAUUUUUUAUAUUAAUUUUUAAUAUAUUUUUCUAAAAAAUGGGCAGAAAAAAAUUUACACAAUAGGCUAAGUAAGCAAAAUGAGGGGAAAAAUAGGCCACCGUCAAGGAUGAGUUAUGAAAGUACAAUAGAUUCGACUCAGUCUAUGAAUUAUGAAUCAUUAGCUUCUUUGGUUAGAGAAAUGGGAGAAAAGCAAAAUAUGAUGCUGAGGGCGAUUGAGGAAAGCCAAAGGUCGAUUGCAAUCCUAGCACAAAGAGGACAAAUUCGUUUUGGGGAGAGAAAAGACCACUCAAGACGAAGCUCAGGAUCUUCUAGUAAUUUUUGUUAA